AUGCGCUUUGUUACAAGUCUUCCAAUGCGGCCGACGAGCUUACACAGAUUGCCAUCUGUAACACCGUUCGGCGUGCGGGGUGUUGGUAGCUAUGCCAACUUCAAGGUUCCAACCAUCAACAAUGAGCCAAAUAAACAUUAUAUUCCUGGGUCCCCAGACCGUAGGGGACUAGAACUGGCACUUGCCCAUGUGAACGAAUCCAACGUGCGAAAUAUUCCAUUAUUUGUUGGGGGCCAAGAGAUUACAACCACCAAUACUUCUCAACAAUUGAACCCAGCAACGCACAAACCAGUCGCAUAUUACUCCAACGCAUCCAAAGCCAAUGUCGAGGCGGCCAUUGAAGCCGCUCUUACUGCGCGCGGUGACUGGGCUUCUAUGCCGUGGUCAGACCGUGCAAGUAUUUUUCUCAAGGCUGCCGAUCUCAUCUCCACAAAAUACCGAUAUGAGAUCAUGGCAUUGACCAUGGCUGGUCAGGGAAAGAAUGCUUGGCAAGCUGAAAUUGAUUCAGCGGCAGAGCUCUGUGACUUCUUCAGAUUUGGUGUAAAAUAUGCGGAGGAAGUCUACUCGCAACAACCGGUUCACAACUCUCCCGGAGUAUGGAACCGCCUCGAAUACCGUCCUCUCGAGGGUUUCGUCUAUGCUAUUAGUCCGUUCAACUUUACAGCCAUCGGAGGGAACUUGGCUGGAGCACCGGCUUUGAUGGGCAAUGUCGUGGUCUGGAAGCCCUCACCAUCCGCCAUCGCGUCGAAUCAUUUAGUGCACCAAAUUCUGCUCGAGGCUGGCCUUCCCCGAGGAGUCAUUCAAUUCGUACCAGGCGAUGCCGAGGAGGUGACGAGCGGCGUGCUUAAUCAUCCGGACUUUGCAGCUCUCCACUUCACAGGCAGCACAUCCGUAUUCCGGUCUCUUUACGGAAAGAUUGCUACCGGUGUUGCCGAGGGCAAGUACAAGGGUUAUCCUCGUGUCGUCGGUGAAACCGGAGGCAAGAACUUCCAUCUUAUUCAUCAGACUGCCGAUGUUCGGAACGCUGUGGUACAAACCGUCCGUGGGGCCUUUGAGUACCAGGGCCAGAAGUGCAGUGCAACAUCACGAGUCUAUGUUGCAUCAUCCAUCGCUGAUGACUUCAUCGAACAACUAGUUGCAGAAGUAAAGGACCUGAAAAUUGGCGACCCAGCUGAUUUCACCAAUUUCUGCGGUCCCGUCAUACACGAGGGAUCCUUCAACAAACUCACCAAGGUAAUUGACGAAGCCAAACAGGACUCGGACCUCGAACUUCUUGUUGGAGGCAAGUAUGAUUCGUCAAAAGGCUGGUUCAUUCAACCCACCGUUUAUUUGACCAAGAAUGCAAACCACCCACUACUCUCCCGUGAAUUAUUCGGACCGAUCUUGGUUUGUUACGCCUAUGACGAUACCUCGGCCUCCGCACUUGCAGAUAUUUGCUCCACGAUUGAAAAAACCGGUGAAUACGGACUUACAGGCUCAGUAUUUGCGCAAGACCGCAACGCAAUCCGCUUCGCUGAGGAUGCCCUUCGCAAUGCAGCUGGUAACUUCUACAUCAACUGUAAGAGUACCGGUGCCGUCGUCGGUCAGCAACCAUUUGGCGGAGCGCGCGCAAGUGGCACAAACGACAAGGCGGGUAGUGCAAACUUGCUCUCCCGGUUUGUGAGCUUGCGGUCUAUCAAGGAGGAAUUUACGCCAAUGUAUCAGGUUGCUUAUCCUAGUAACUUCAAUUAG